AUGAACUAUUACGUAUUGAUCCCACUCGCUUUCUUCGCUUCUCUCGUCGUUUCUAAGCCGACGACUUCUCAGACUCUGCCGGAUUUUGGAGCACAUGGUACGUUCACUUCUCCUUGUUUCUUUACCUCUUCGAACAUCUGCCAGUGCUCUGAAUUUGUUUACACCUCUUCGUUUUUCCAGCCGAACCAUUCGACGUGGACCUAUUCAUGGGCUCUAUGGGUGAUGGCCAUUUCGCGAACGUCGACGUCGAUGGCGUCGAGAUGCAGACUCCAAAGAAGACCGAAAAACUGCCGGGACAGAAGAAGAUGAAGGCCGAGUUUCAGCAGCCAGAAGGAGUUGCCCCAGAGUUUACUGGAGCUUUUAUGGAUGGAAGUGACGCUGGUGUCGAAGCGGCAGAGCCAUCCACUCAACGCACGGACGACAUUGACACGUCCGAGGCCUCCGACUCCGAAUCCGACGACGUUGACUACUUCGGAGAAGCCGCCGCUUCUCAUCCAGUCGCCAAUCCAGCGCUCACCUACCUGGCCGGCGCGAACUUUGACAAGGCGGCACAGCCGUCGUGCCAGAUGCUCGGAUGCACUGGCCCGAUCCCGAACGACGGCACCUACGCAGUCAUGUCCGCUUCUUUGGAGAACAAGGCGUGCUCUCAGAUCUUCGUCGCCAUGAACGGAUGCACUGACAACAAGGGCUAUCCGAUGGGCAUGCUGUGCUCGGUGUGCUGCGAUUGCGCAAACUCCUUCGUCCACGAGAUGAAGAAGACGUUCGGGUACAAGUCGGGCGUCGACACGAGCGUCUUUUCUUCUUAG